AUGCACGGGCCGUUCACAGGGCACCACCCGCGCCUCGGCCACCACACCGCCUCCGUAGGCCACCACUGGUUCGACGGCGGCCGCCAUGCGGCGGCGGGCGCCGCCAGCGCGGGCGGGCGCGCGCCGUUUGGCGGAGGGCACCAUCCGCGGAAGGCGGAUGGGACGUAUUUGUUCGGGCAUCAUCCGUCGGGAGUGGGGCAUCAUUUAAAGCGCGGGCAGAAGUGCUUGGACACCCCCCCUCUCCCUUCCCCCUCUCCCCUCCCUCCUCUCCCUCAUUUCCCUCCUCUCCCUCAUUUCCCUCCCCUCCCCCCACCUCCCUCCCGUUGCAUCAAUCGCGCCUGCAAUCUCUGCAGCGACUGCCUCACUGCGUGUCCGCCGUUCACCCUUCUCUCUUUUUCCCUUUCCUCCUUCUCCCUCCACUUCUUCCCCCAUCCCUCCCUUUUCCGCCUGCCGUUGCUUCAGGCGCGCGUGUCGCAAUCUCUGCAUCGACGUGUUUCACUGCGACAACUUUCGAGACGUCUCAAAAGCGUGCGUGCCGCAACCUGCGCAGCGACGUGUUUCACUGCGGCAACUGCCUCACGGCGUGUCCGACAGGCCACCAGUGCUGCGACGGCGCGUGCGUCAGCACCAUGGACGAUCCACGUCACUGCGGCGGCUGCUACAACACGUGUCCUGCUGACGCGGCGUGCCAGCUGGGAAUGUGCGGAUACGGCAGCAGCAGCAGCAGCAGCGGCGGCAGUGGUGGUUCUCGCGGCAGUAGUGGGGAUGGUAAAGGAGGGUCUACUGCUAACGUUGAGGCUAGAGGCCGUUAUAACGGUGCUGGCGGAUUCAGCAGUACCACCAGUGGCGGCUGGGGCAGCGGCAGCAGCAGCAGCAGCAGCGGCAGCGGCAGCAGCAGCGGCAGCGGCAGCAGCAGCAGUGAGUAUGAGAGGGGUGCAGGAGAGAAGCUAUCACCUGAAGAUGACGAAAGGGGUCCAGGAGGGCAAGGGGAAGGCGACUGAAGGGCACGGGCACUCACAUGCAAGCAGUGAGGGUGGUAAGGGCGGCAAGGGCAAAGACAGCAGCAGCAGCAGCAGCAAGGGAGGGGUGCAGGAGAGCAGCUAUCGUAUGGAGGUGACCCAGGAAGGCAAGGGGAAGGCGAAUGAAGGGCGAGGGCACUCACACGCAAGCAGCGAGGGUGGCAAGGGCGGCAAGGGCGACAAUGGUGGCACCAGCACAAGUGGUGGCAGUAGUGGUGGGAACGGCAGCAUCGAAGGGGGGAAUAACGUGUUUAAGGUGAACACAGAACGCAAGGAGAAGAGCAGUGGUGGUGCUGGGGCAGGGCAUGAGGCGCAGAGCAGCGCCGGUAGUGGUGGUAGUGAGGCAGGGCAUGAAACGCGGAGUAUCCCUGGUGGUGGUGGGCAUGAUGGGAGUGGCGGUGGCGGAGGGGAGAGGACGAAAAUCGAACAGCAACAGCAGCAGCAGCAACAGCAGCAAGCGGGAGAUAAGGAGCAGGAGGGAAGGCAGCAGCAGCAGCAGCAGCAGCAGCAGGCGCAAGAGCAAGGACAGGAAGAGGAAGGGGGAAAGCAGCAGCAUGAACAGCAGCGGAGCGUGAGGUUUGAGGACGAGUGGCAGCAGCUGCUGUCAGUGGCAGAUAGCAGCAGACUCGCCACCCACACUGCUGCUGCAGUCCAUGCCGGCACAGGGGUCCGCAAGAGUGACGGCAGAACUGGUGGCAGCAGCAGUGGAACCCACGCUGCUGCUGCCCAUGCUGGCACGGGUGGGAGUGGCGGUGACAGCAGCGAUGGCAACAGUGGUGGCAACGGCGGUGGUGGCACUAGUCACAGUCCUGACCCUGAUGACGGUAGUGGUGCUGGGGGGAAAGGAGAGGGUAGAAAAGGGCGGAGUGUGGUAAAGAGAGGUGGAGAGGUCAAAGAGGGGUGGACGCCUAUAUCUGCGUUGAUCGCCAUGCAGAGGCGCAUAGAGGCGGGCAUGGCGUGGCAAGGAGCGGAUGGGGACCGUGCUGCUGCUGCUGGCAAGGGUGGUGGAGGUGAUGCUACUGCUGGGGGUGAUGGUGGUACUGCUGAGUGGUUGGGAGUCCACAGCAGCGGAAGGCAGCAAGCAGGACAGCAUCAGGCGGGGCAUGCAAGGCAUGGUUGA